UCUGUCAAUGAUCUGUGUGCUUCUGGGUUCCAGCCUGCGGAGGGCACACAGUCCACCGCGCUGCCCUGAUAAGCAGAAGAAGAGCCUCGCUGUGCGGCGGUCCUCCUGCGGAGCUCCUCGGUUAAAGGUGGAGGAAGCAGCAUGUGACGCCGCUGAACAAACCAAACCAAGAAGCAGGCUGGCCAGACGCCGUCCUCUCCCCGCCGCUGUUCGCUUUUCCUCCAGAGGGAAGCGGCCUCAUUCUGAGCAGGUGAGCAGAGCUGCUCCUUUGGUGAGAAUCUUCCCUGCUUGGUGGUAGAUGUGAGAAAUCAGUCCAACUCAUCCAGCCUCACCAUGGGUCAGGACCGGGGGAAGUACGACUUCUACAUCGGCCUGGCUUUGGCCAUAAGCUCCAGCAUCUUCAUCGGUGGAAGCUUUAUCCUCAAGAAGAAAGGACUCCUGAGGCUGGCUAAGAAGGGAUCCAUGCGGGCAGGGCAGGGCGGUCAUGCAUAUCUUAAAGAAUGGCUCUGGUGGGCUGGAUUACUAUCAAUGGGUGCUGGAGAAGCGGCUAACUUUGCAGCGUAUGCUUUUGCUCCUGCAACCCUGGUCACGCCUCUAGGAGCCCUUAGCGUGCUCGUCAGCGCUGUGCUGUCGUCGUACUUCCUGACAGAGCGGUUAAACCUGCACGGGAAGCUUGGCUGCCUGCUCAGCAUCCUCGGCUCCACCACCAUGGUGAUCCACGCUCCGAAGGAGGAGGAGAUCGCGAGCCUCGAGGACAUGGCCAAGAAGCUGGUGGACCCAGGGUUUGUAGUUUUUGCCACCCUUGUGGUCAUCGUGGCUCUCAUCUUCAUCUUUGUGGUUUCCCCCCGUCACGGUCAGACCAAUAUCCUCGUCUACAUCACCAUCUGCUCCGUAAUCGGGGCGCUCUCGGUGUCCUGUGUCAAAGGACUCGGCAUCGCCAUCAAGGAGGCCAUCGCUGGGGAAAACGUCUUUAAAAUCCCCCUGUCCUGGAUCCUCCUCCUGAGUCUGGUGGGCUGCGUGAGCACCCAGAUCAACUACCUGAACAAGGCCCUGGACAUCUUCAACACCUCCCUGGUGACGCCCAUCUACUACGUGUUCUUCACCACGUCGGUGCUCACCUGCUCCGCCAUCCUCUUCAAAGAGUGGGAGCACAUGGGCGCGGGCGACGUCAUCGGGACCCUCAGCGGCUUCCUCACAAUCAUCGUGGGCAUCUUUCUGCUUCACGCCUUCAAGGACGUCAGCGUCAGCCUGGCAACCCUGGCCUUCUCAAUAAGGAAGGACGAGCGCAACGCUCCGGCAGCCAAUGGCACCGCCUCCCAUAGCAACUACGAACUGCUGCGGGAGUCCACAGAGGACUUGGACGACAGGGCUUUGCCCUUCGAUAGCGUCUCCAGAAGGAACGGAGCAAUGACUUCCUCUCUAGAUGCUUAACAAACAUCUUUCUCCUCAGACUCAACGGUUUGCGCGGUUGCUGUUAGCUUAUGAGAC